AUGUCAACUUAUACUGAAGGAAAAGUGGACCAUGAACAUAACUCUUCUUCUUCAGAUGUCGAAAAGAAUAAAUCAUACCCAGUCCAUGAAGAAAUCAACUCCAUUGAUGAAUCAUUAACCAAACCAGAUCCCAAAAAUCCAUUCCUUGAUCGUAAAGUUGCUGAACAUUAUCGUCAGGUUUAUGAAGAGUCUCAAUAUGAAUGUAGAGGAGUUUUUGAUCCUCAUUUCACUUGGGAUCCAGCUGAAGAAAGAAAAAUUGUUAGAAAAUUAGAUUAUAGAGUUGCAUUAUCUGCAUGUCUUAUGUUUUGUGCUUUACAAGUCGAUAGAGGUAAUAUUGCUCAAGCUGUAUCUGAUACAUUGUUACAAGAUUUAAAAUUAACAACUGAUGACUUCAAUACUGGUAAUACUAUCUUCUUUGUAUCAUUUUUGUUUGCUGAAUUACCAUCUCAAUUAAUUUCCAAAGCUUUAGGUCCUGAUAUUUUCGUCCCUAUUCAAAUUUGCCUUUGGAGUAUAGUAUCACUUUCUCAAGGAUGGAUUAAUAAUAAAGCUUCGUUUUACGCUACAAGAUCAUUGAUUGGGAUUUUAGAAGGUGGAUUCAUUGCUGAUUUGGUUUUAUGGUUAAGUUACUUUUACACUAGUAAAGAAUUACCGAUUAGAUUAUCAUGGUUUUGGUCAACAUUGUCUCUUGUGUCAAUUGCUGCUUCCUUGGCUGCAUUUGGAAUAUUAAGACUUAAAGGUCAUUUAGGAUUAGCAGGUUGGAGAUGGUUAUUCAUUAUUGAAGGUAUAUUCACGUUAUUAGUUGGAAUUGCAUCAUUUUAUCUUAUGGUACCAUCCGCUGUGCAAACUAAGAGUAGGCUACAUCCAAAAAGUUGGUUCACUGAUAGAGAAGCUAAAAUUGUAGUUAAUAGAGUAUUAAGAGAUGAUCCAAGUAAAGGAGAUAUGCAUAAUAGACAAGGGUUAACACCAAAAAUGAUUUGGAAAUCAUUAAUUGAUUAUGAUUUAUACCCAAUAUAUGCCCUUGGAUUAUUUCAAUAUGGGCCUGCAUUAGUUUUAGAAACUUACCAAACUAUUAAUUUAAGAGAAUUGGGAUUUUCCACCCUUAAUACUAAUUUAUUAACCAUUCCGUCUCUGGUGAUACUGAUUAUAUUCUUGUUAUUGAUUACUUGGUUAUCUGAAAAAGUUAAUAAUAGAGCAUUGCUUUGUUUGUCAUUACCAAUCUAUGCAAUUCCACUUAUGGGAGUUAUAGCAUUUUGGGAAGGAACCAUGACUAAUAAAUGGGGGACAUAUACUUUAAUCACCUUAAUGGUGGGAGCUCCUUAUAUUCAUGCUAUUUUAGUUGCUUGGGUAUCAACCAAUUCAAAUUCAAUUAGAAGUAGAUCAGUGGCAAGUACAGUAUACAAUAUUCUGGUUCAAAUCGCUGCUAUUUAUUCCAAAAAUGUUUAUAGACUGGAUGAUGCCCCAAUUUAUAGAAGAGGUAAUAUGCAAGUAUUUGCUAUUGCGGUAGCUAUUCUUCCAUUAAUUAUUAUUGCUAAAUUUUAUUAUAUUUGGAGAAACAACCGAAGAGACAAAAUCUGGAAUGCAAUGUCUCAAGAAGAGCAAGAAGAUUAUAUUAAUAAUACCACGGAUGAAGGUAAUAAGAGAUUAGAUUUUAGAUUUGUUCAUUAG